AUGCACACACAUCCACACACCCACACACACCACACACACACACACACACACCCAACCCACCCCCCCCCCCCCCCAGACACGCACCCACCCCACACCCACACCCACACUCACACCCACACCCACACCCACACCCACACCCACAACCACAACCACACCCACACACACACGAAUGUUGCAAAUGCUGAUCAUUUAUACAUCUUUGGGCGUGUGGCAGGGCGUGUGGAGGGGCGUGUGGAGGGGAAUGUGGAGCGGCAUGUGGAGGGGCGUGUAGAGGGGCAUGUGGAGAGGCGUGUAGAGGGUUGUGCAGAGAGGUGUGCAAAGGAGUGUGCCGAGGGGAUUGCACAGGGGUGUUCAGAGGGGUGUGUAAAAGGGUAUGCCGAGGGGCGUGUGGAAGGACGUAUGGUGGAACGUAUGGAGGUGCAGCUAAAGACGUAUGCAGAGAGGAACUUGCAGAGGCGUGAAGUGGGGCAUGUGGAGGGGCAUGUGAAGGGGCGUGUGAAGGGGCAUGAGAAGGGGCGUGUGAAGGGGCAUGUGGAGGGGCGUGUGAAGGGGCAUGUGAAGGGGCGUGUGAAGGGGCAUGUGGAGGGGCGUGUGAAGGAGCAUGUGAAGGGGCGUGUGAAGGGGUAUUUGAAGGGGCAUGUGGAGGAGAAUGUGAAGGGGAAUGUAAAAGGAACUGUGAAGGGGAAUGUGCAGGGGCAUGUGGAGGGGAAUGUGAACGGAAAUGUGAAGGGGAAUGUGAAGGGGCAUGUGAAGGGGAAAGUGAAGGGGAAUGUGAAGGGGAAUGUGAAGGGGAAUGUGAAGGGGAAUGUGAAGGGACAUGUGAAGGGGCAUGUGAAGGGGCAUGUGAAGCAUCUCCCCCCUCAGCCGCACCCAUCAUUAGCCAGGUCUCCUGGGCCUUGGCAAGAAUCUUUGUGA